GUAGAAUUCAUUACUGCACCCUCAAGCUUUAUAUUGGCCUACAAUGGCGAUAAAUAAAACUCAACUUUAGUUUAAAACUAGUACUUUUUUGAGUGUCUCAAGACGAUGAACGCCAUGGCUGAUUCAAACCCCAAGUUACACAACUACUAUCCGCCCUGGGUACAGUUACCUGGUUAUGUCACCAACCGAAGCUCAGUUAUCUCUUUGAUUACUCAGUUUGGUUUUCUAUGGGCCGCUGUUAUUGGCGUCUCUUUCUUCGUCAUCGGCCGCCUUCGACCUAAAGUGGGAUUGUCAGAUCGGAUUGCUUUCACUUGGAUGUGCCUGACGGGUUUCAUUCAUCUCUUUUUCGAGGCUCAUUUUGUUUUCAAUCACAAAACUCUUGCUAGCGGUCAAACUUUGUUUUCUCAACUCUGGAAAGAAUACUCUCUCUCCGAUUCUCGGUACUUGACUUUGUAUGGAAGCUGUGACCGCAGUUCGUACUCCCACCCUGUUCAUCACGGCUUUAUUGAUAACAUGAGUUUUCAGUUUGCGUGGGGUCCUUUGGCCUUCCUUAUUGCAUAUUGCAUUGCGGUGCAGCACCCAGUCCGACAUGCGCUGCAAAUCAUCAUAUCGACGGGUCAAGUUUACGGCGACGUCCUCUACUAUGCGACAAGCUUGAUCGACAUAUCGUAUUGCAGACCUGAAAGAUACUAUUUCUGGUUUUAUUAUUUUUUUUUCAAUUUCAUCUGGAUGGCUGUCGGCUGCUAUUAUAUCAAGCAGAGCGUUACUGAAAUUUGCGAGGUCUCGAGAAGACUUCGAAGCAUUGAGUCAUUUGACAAAGAAGACUAAGGCCACUCAGAGACAACUCGGCCGAAGGACGGUAUUGGACGGGUGUCUGUAAUAGUUCCUAUGUUUAAAGAUUUCUAUCACGAUUCUGACACCACGUGGAUCAAAGACUGCAAUAUUACUGUACACACGACGGGAAUAAAAUUCAAAGCUACAUGAU